CGGCUAGUAAAGUGUGUAAACUGAUCGGUUACAUCACAGCAAGUUUGGAAGAGUUCUAAUUUGACUGCAAUAUGUGUUUCAAAUCACGCAGGAGCUAAUUUGUAACUUGGUGAGGAGAACACAGCAUCAACCACGAGCAAGCUGGAGGAGGGAACGCCAAUGGUGCGAGAGGUGCGCGAGCAGGAGGAAGACGGCGAACCAGACUUCAUCAUGAACUCCGCCGUGAGCACCGAGUCUAUGGAUAUGAACGAGGAGGACAUGUCGCAAGUAGGCGAGGGCUGCGGGCUUAGCGGCUCCGAGGACGACGACGACUGCGCGUCCUCGCCGGCCGGCUCCAACUACGACGACAGCGACAUCAUCAAGACCGCCAUGAGCGACGAGGUCACCAAGCAGCUGGCCGCCGCAGGUCCGGUUGGCAUGGCAGCCGCGGCCGCUAUAGCGUCGUCAAAGAAGCGCAAGCGGCCGCACUCCUUCGAGACCAACCCGUCCGUCAGGAAGCGCCACCAGAACAGACUGCUUAGGAAGCUCAGGCAAACCAUCGAAGAGUUCGCGACUCGCGUGGGGCAACAGGCCGUGGUGCUGGUAGCGACUCCCGGCAAGCCCAACACGUCGUACCGCGUGUUCGGCGCGAAGCCGCUCGAAGACGUUGUCCGCAACCUGCGCUGCAUGAUCAUGGAGGAGCUCGAGAAUGCGCUCGCGCAGCAGGCGCCGCCGCCGCCGCAGGACGACCCGUCGCUGUUCGAGCUGCCGCCACUCAUCAUCGACGGCAUCCCCACGCCGGUGGAGAAGAUGACGCAAGCGCAACUGCGCGCAUUCAUACCGCUCAUGCUCAAGUACUCGAUGGUGCGCGGCAAGCCGGGCUGGGGCCGCGAGUCGACGCGGCCGCCGUGGUGGCCCAAGGACCUGCCCUGGGCCAACGUGCGUAUGGACGCGCGCUCCGAGGACGAGAAACAGAAGAUGUCGUGGACGCACGCGCUGCGACAGAUCGUGAUCAACUGCUACAAGUACCACGGCCGCGAGGAUCUGCUGCCCGCCUUCAACGAAGACGACGACAAGCCGCAGACGCAGACCAUGUCUCAGUACGCGCCGGCGGUCCUCCAGACCAUCACGAACCCGGACGGCACGGUGUCGCUCAUCCAGGUGGACCCCAACAACCCCAUCAUCACGCUGCCCGAUGGCACCACGGCCCAGGUGAUCCACAGCGGCGAGGGCGGCGGCGGCGGCGUGGGAGUAGUCCAGGCCAUCGACGGCGACGGCGCCGUGGCCGUGGACCUCAACGCCGUGGCCGAGGCCACGCUCAACCACGACGGACAGAUCAUACUCACGGGCGAGGACGGACACGGCUACCCGGUGUCGGUGUCGGGCGUGAUCACGGUGCCGGUGUCGGCGUCGGUGUACCAGUCCAUGGUCGCGUCCAUGCAGGCGCAGGACGGCGUAUGCGUCGCACCGCUCGUGCAGGUGGAGCAGGGCGGCGAAGCGCUGGAAGCGCUGUCUAUGGGCGGCGGCGUGGCACAGGUGGUGCUCCAGGGCGGCGACGCACAGGUGUUACAGGUGCUCAGCCUCAAGGACGCGUCCGCGCUCAAGGCCAUGGUCGGACACCUCGACCCGCCCGCCGAGCCCGUCAGUACCACACACCAAGUGAAGGCCGAACGCGACGCGGUUGUGGCGGAUUCCUAGCUGUUGAGCCUCGUGGCGCCCGCGUCGCCCGGCCUGCUGCAGGAGCGCACAUAGCGCCUCAAGGAAUAUGCACCCGCUUCGGGCGGGAGCACCCGGCCCCGCCCACUACCGGAUAAGACUACAGAACAGUGAAAACAGAAUGUGAUAUAACAAUACAAAGAGAAUAUUUGAAGCCUACCUCGCAAUAAAGUCGGAUGUAUCCGUCUCUCAGUCAAAGAGGUGCUGGGAGUGAGAGACAAAUUGAUAGUUGUGAGGCCCGUUAAACCACCGCAAGGUGGCGUCUCCAGACAGGAGUAAUCUGCCUAACUAAAAGGCCUCUUAAACUGCCACAUUUUUUGUGACCGUGUGGCCGACUACUUGGAUCUCGACGUGCAUG